GGGUUAGUGAUUAGUUGUUGUUUUUUUUAUAUUUUCUUGUUCAAAGAGGUCUACACAAUCCACAGUUGCUAGAAACCGCUUGAGCGUCAAAAUGGCGAUGGAACCCUUGUGGGAAGAUCGUGAUGUCCGUUUUGACAUUAGCUCUAGCCAAAUGAGGCUAAGGCCGGGAGAAAAGCUAAUUGAUCAGUUAGAUGCUGUGGAAGAUACAAAAGGAAACAAUGGAGACAGGGGUCGAUUGAUGGUCACAAAUCUCAGAGUACUCUGGCAUUCUCUUGAAAUCCCACGAGCAAAUUUAUCCAUUGGUUUCAAUUGUGUUAUUUCAAUAACUACAAGAACUGCUCAGUCUAAAUUACGUGGAACUGUGGAAGCUUUAUACAUUCUCUGUAAAUGUGGCUCAACUCGCUUUGAAUUCAUUUUUACAAAUUUGGUCCCAGGAUCUCCAAGAUUGUUUAAUUCUAUCAUGUCAGUGUACAGAGCUUAUGAUACUUCAAAACUUUAUCGAGAUUUAAAACUUCGUGGGGCUUUGAUAAAAGACAAACAAGUUAGACUUCUACCACAAGAACAAGUGUAUGAUAAAGUGAAUGGAGUCUGGAACUUAUCAAGUGAUCAGGGAAAUCUAGGCACUUUCUACAUCACAAAUGUCAGACUUAUGUGGCAUGCUAAUAUCAAUGAGUCUUUUAAUGUCAGCAUACCCUAUUUACAAAUGAAAUCAGUAAAAAUAAGAGAUUCCAAGUUUGGUAUAGCCCUUGUUGUAGAAACAUCUCACAAAAGUGGAGGCUAUGUUCUUGGCUUUAGGAUUGAUCCUCAGGAGAAACUUCAAUCCACAACCAAAAUGAUUCAGAAUUUACAUAGAGUCUACAGCGCUUGUCCAAUAUUUGGUGUGGAGUAUGAAAUUGAUGAUCAGCCUCAAGUGACUGAGUCAAUGACACGCGCGCCAGUACAAGAUGAUGUGGAGGUUGAGUAUGAUGGACACACAGAUGCAUUUGCGGCUUACUUUGCUGAUGGAAACAAAGACCAAGACAAGGAAGCAGUGUACUCAGAAGAGCUGGGAUUAGCCAUUGAAAAACUAAAGGAUGGUAUUACAAUAGCUGGACUUUGGGAAGUGAUUUCACCAACUUGAGAAAUAAGUUGCAAUGUUAUCUUGUUGGUUUAGGUAUAUCAUGUGAUAACAUUUUAUAGUUUAAAUUUUUUAGUGUAUAUAAUUUAUAUUUAUAAAAGUUGACACUUAUAAUAAUAAGUUGUUAGCACAUUAAUUAGUGCUUUUUUCUUAAUAAAUCAGACAUAGAAUGUUUGGCACAAGUGUGUCACUUUGAUAUAUUUAUUGAUUUGUUUUGUCCAUCUAGCUCAGCUGGUACAAAAUCGUGUUCUCAAUCCUGUAUUUAACACUAGUGUAUGUCUCUGUACACACUAGUGUAUGUUUCUGUACACACUAGUGUAUGUCUCUGUACACACUAGUGUAUGUCUCUGUACACACUAGUGUAUGUCUCUGUACACACUAGUAUAUGUCUCUGUAUACACUAGUGUAUGUCUCUGUACACACUAGUGUAUGUCUCUGUACACACUAAUGUAUGUCUCUGUACACACUAGUGUGUGAAUGUUAGAAACCCAAAAUGAAAAAGUGUCUUGAGUUUUUUGUCUUUUUUUUAGUUGCAAAAUAAUGUAGAUUUAGACCAUGUAAACUGCAAGAUAAGUUAUUUAUCUUAAGAACAUUGAAACCUUUUUGACUUAUUGUAUGUAAAUAUUGUGAAAGUAAACAGAAAGCUGUGACUAGUUAAAAAUGAAAUGAACAAUUGUAGCAAUUAAUUGACAUUGAUUUUCCAAGUUUAAGUUUUAUAUUUGUGUAUUGUAUAUCUAUUGUGUGAAGUCAUAAGAAUUAUUUACUUAACAUAUAGACUCAUUGGAUAGUGCUCAUUUAUUUGGUUUUCAUGUUUGAUGUUCCUUCAGAAUUGAAGAUUAUUACAUCCUAGCUCGCACCUCACACACAUUGAUGGCAGGUAGAGUUUGAAUCCUGACCAUCAAGGCACAAGUGCAGGGUGCAUGCCCCACAACCAGGCUGACAUCCAAAAAUAUUAAAAAAAAAAAAAGACAAUAAUUUUUUUAUUUAUUGUGAUAAAAUCAAGCUUUCAUAGUAAAAUAAAUAAUAGUUCAAUCAAUAGACUGGAGGUAAUUACAUGCAUACAAGGUCUUUACAAGUUAUAUUUUUAGCUGUAAAAAAAAAAAUUUUUCCAAGAUCUCUAUCAUUUUUAUUUUAAUCUUUUUAAAUGCUCUUGAAUGUUUUAGAUUCAGUGCAAUUCAUAUGCAAUUCAUAUUUUGACAAAAUUCUUUUCAGCAUUCCGUCCAUAAUAUCAUUUUCCAGUUUAAAUAUUGCAUAAAACUUUUAUAUAUUUCUAUGACUCAACUUCUCUAAGAGCCUCAACAUUUGAUGCCUAGAACUACAGAAUUAAUUUUUUUAUAUUUAGCAUCUGCAGAAUUGUGAAAGAAAGAAUGAACAUUUCAAUGAAAUAAUUAAAAAGCAAGACUUUGUUUUUGUUUUAGAUAGGAAACAGAGAACAAAUAAUGGAUCACAGUUUAAAACCAGUUAGGAAUUACUUUUGUGCUUAUUAUUUUAGAAAAAAAAUUAUUAAUGGAAAAAAUAUUCUCACCAAUAAGUUAGAUGUGAGUCAUGGAUGAAAAAAAAAGUUUUUUGAAAUAAUUGCUGUACUAAAACCAGCAAGUUAUCUCAAUAAUAUGAUGCUUAAGUCAAAAACAAGUGAAAGCAUAAAAAUACAGUGUCAGUUAGUCAUAAUUAUGUACAGUUGUUCAUCAGUCCUUUAAUAAAUCAUAUAUAAUUAAACAAAAUACUGGAAGCAUAAGUUGUAGAAAAUUUCUUAGGCAUAAAAAAAAUGUAUCAGCAGAAGCAUCAGUUACUGAUCACAUCACAUAGACUUCAUAUGAAAAGCAUGAAAGAUCUUAAUUAGGUCACACUGAAUCUUUUUUUUUCCAGUGUGUUGAGACAAGAAGAGUUUUCUGUCCCACUUGCAGCCAACCUAGAGAGCAAAUGAACUGUUAUAAUACUUUGUUGUACAUUUAGCUUUAAUGAUCAUCUAGAUUGGCACAUGUAAAUGAAAUCUUUUUUAAAAUGAACAUUUUAAAACUAAAAAAUAAAUCAAAUACACUUUGUAUCUGGAUCUCUAAAUAUUUAGAAAUAAUAAUUUCCUGAUAAUUUAAUUCCUUAGACAAUGUUUGGUAUAUACGUUUUGCUAAUACUACUUAACUCCAAUAUAUUUAUAGGAUCUAUCAAAUACAGUUUGAACUUUUGUAUCCAUACCUCUUAUUGACCAAAGAAUGAUGCUUUGGUUUUCCUAUAUUUUAAUUUUUUUUUGGAGUUUUUUAAAGCGGAAAAGAGAAGAAGGUAUAGUUAAAUUACGUCUGUCAACUAUCUUCUAUGAAAUUUGGUUAAAAAAAAGAGACUGAUUGAUACAUUAUUCAAAUAAUAUAUAUA